AAGUUGCUGUUCACAUCAUUUCUGGUGGCAGUCUCCUUCAGUAUCACUCAGGUUCCAAUAAUCCAUGUCUUCGGACUCAUGACCUGCGAUGAAUACUAUCGAACAUAUCCCAAGCUGGAUCCUGGCCCAGUCGCAGGACGUUGCAGACAUCCAUCUAUCGAAGCGAGUACAGCACGAUCCGUCGCAUUCUUAGGUGCAACCACGACGAUUUUCGGGGUAUUGAAUUUGUUCUAUACCGGCUGGGCGAUGAAGAAGUGGGGAGUCAAGACGGCGCUGUUGACAUCUGUCUGCUGGCCGGCCCUCAGAUUAGUUGUGCAGAACGUCGGCGUUCGCGUUGGAUAUGGGCUUGGGAUUCUCAUUAUCCAGGCUUCGCAGGUCAUCACCAUUGUCGGAGGACCGGCGGGCUACAUUCUUGCGCUGAAUUCAUUUGCUACGGAGGCCGUGGAAGCUCGCGAGAGGACUGCCACGCUUGGAAGACUCAACGGAUGUGCAUUUUUCGGGACCGCUCUUGGCUACCUUGUCGGCGGCAUGCUGAGUGAUUAUUUUGGAUUGCCAGCUCCGUUUGAGGUCACCCUUGUGCUGUUCGUCCUAUCGUGCAUUUACGUCGCCCUCGCUCUCCCGUCAGUUCCUCUCCACCUCACUCCGGAAAGCGAGAAGAAAGCACAGUCUUUGGCAUCGUUCUUUGAGCCGCUAAAAAUGUUCAUCCCUCGGAAAUGGGAGCUUCAAGAUGGUCGACUUCAAACAGAGUACGGCAUCCUUCUCCUUGGUGUGGGCGCAUCCAUGGCCCUCCUCGCAACAGGGUACAUUCCAGUCUUGCUUCAAAUGUAUGCCACGGAUGUGCUAGACUUUGGCGCCACGGAGAACGGGUGGCUCAUCUCGCUGAACUCGCUUGUCCGCGCUGUGUUCCUCACAUUCGCGUUUCCAAUCAUCAUCUCCAAGGGACGAGCGUGGCUCGAUCGCCGUCAGGAGGCUAAAGACAAGACGAGUCGCGAAGAAUCCGCCAGUCAUGACUCAACUACUCGAGCUGAGGACCCUGAAAUCGGAGCAAUGGGUGAUGAGACCGAACCUACAGAACCAGUCAAACCUGGCCCUCAUGAAGAGGCAUCCUACAAAUUCGAUCUGCAAUACACAAGAUGGUCCAUUCUUUUGGACGGAAUUCUCACCGCCGUGGCGACCUUUACAACCCAAAAAUGGCACAUGUACCUUGUUGCUGUUCUGCUCCCGCUCGCUGCAGGUACUGGUUCCGCGGCCAAGGGCACAAUUCUUCAAAUGUGCGCGCCGUCGGAAAGGGCGGAUGCGCUGAGUGCAAUCAGUCUGGUGGAGAUGGUUGGGCGGUUAUCGGCCGUGGGCGUAUUUGGAUUGAUAUUUUCGGCGUUCGCGGAGAUUGGGAAGCCGCAACUGACAUUCCUUGCCAAUGGUGCUGUCGCCGUGAUGGCGUUUGUUGUGCUUUGCUUGACCAGAUUUCCGCCAAAAGGGGCCCGGAGGGUC